AUGCUGGCACUGGAGAACUCAAAGAAGACGAAGCAGAGCGCAGGGGUAGGUGCGCUCAGCAGUGCUCUCAGUGCUACAUCAGGUGCUACAGCCGGUGCUAUAGCCAAUGCCACAGCCGGUGCCACAGCCGGUGCAACAGCCGGUGCCACAGCCGGUUUUACAGCCAUUGCUGCAGCCUCUGCUACAGGUGGUGCGUCUAGUGCUGCCUGUGGUCCAAGGCUGACUGGCAGCAGUAGCACACCGAGUAUUGUUGACAUCGAGCAAGCCACGGAGGACGUGCACAUGGCUGAAGCUGCUUCCGCCCCACAACCAUUGCCAAGGGCAGCAGCAGCUUCAGCAGCAGUUUCAGCAGCACCAGCAGCAGCAGCAGCAGCAGCAGCAGCACCAGCGGCAGCAGCAGCAGCAGCAGCAGGGGCAGGGGCAGGGGCAGGGGCAGCAGGAGCAGCAUCACAAGCAUCAUUAGCAGCUUACUCCUCUGCAUCCGCCCUGCCGCCCAGCCUUGUAGCUUUCUUGGCAUCCCAGGCUGCAGAGGCUGCUUCUGCUGGGAAGAACCGUCCAAAUCUAGCCACCCAGCAGCCAGCAGCAGCAGCAGCAGCAGCAGCAGCAGCAGCAGCAGCAGCAGCAGCAGCAGCAGCAGCAGCAGCAGCAGCAGCAGCAGCAGCAGCAGCAGCAGCAGCAGCAGCAGCAGCAGCAGCAGCAGCAGCAGCAGCAGCAGCAGCAGCAGCAGCAGCAGCAGCAGCAGCAGCAGCAGCAGCAGCAGCAGCAGCAGCAGCAGCAGCAGCAGCAGCAGCAGCAGCAGCAGCAGCAGCAGCAGCAGCAGCAGCAGCAGCAGCAGCAGCAGCAGGAGGAGGAGGAGGGGGCGCGGAGGGAGGAAGGGGUGGCAGUGUGAUGUCAGCGGCAGUGUGGCAGGCGAGCAUGGGGAAGAGCAGGGAGGAGGCAGAGGCCCUGUGUGAGCAGGCCGUGCGGGCGGGCACGCUCACUCACGACCAAGCGGCCGAGUUCAGUGGGCUGCUGUCCAAGGAGAGUCUGCGGAGCUUGAGAGAGUCCCUUCUAGCUAUGGAGGACAAGUUCCGAGGAUGCUCAAUAGAAGACCUGGAGGAGAGCCGUCGGCAGGCGUGGCGGGAGUUUUGGGAGAAGCUGGAGGCGGGCAGGCGGAGGGGAGGCGGAGAAGCUGGGGCGAAUGGGGCUGUGGGAGGCGCUGCUGGCAGCGGCGCGGCGAGCACCGGGCCAAUCAGGAACCGCGUGUCGUUCAAGAAGGGCGGCUCCGCCACCACAUUCAGGCGCCACUCUACUGGCGGCAGCGGUGACGAAGACAGAUGGCAUCACGACCUGUUUGAUCAAAGCGGAGCUAAUGAUGACCCUACUGGUGACGGAGUCCCCCCAGCCAACGACCUCCGCGCCCUGCUCAGGGCCAAGGGGGGAAAGCUGGGGGGGGUGGGCGGAAAAUUGGGGGGAAGGUUGGGCGGAAGAGUGCAGGUGGCGGACCUCCGCCACAAGCUGUCUGGGGGGAGCGGGGGAAGUGGGGGGAAGACCAGCAGGGGGAGACUAGGCGCUGCUGUGUUUGCUGUGUGGGAUGCUAAUGCUUGCAAUGCUCUCACUCUAGUUAUUAACCCCUCUUCACCGUUUCACAACCCUCUGCACAUCCGCCCAUCCGCCAUUCCGCCCUUCUGUUCGCCCAACCAGACAGUGGCCUCCUUCCUUGCGAGUCUGGGACUGAGCAAGUAUGCCGACUUAUUUGCAACAGAAGAGAUCGACUUGCAGACUCUUCAUCGCAUGUCAGAGAAUGAUUUGAAGGAGAUCGGCAUCCCCAUGGGCCCUCGUAAGAAAAUCGUUCAAGCAAAUGCAGCUACUUAG